UCAUCUUGACGCACGUCUCUCUCCACCAGCGGACUGGACCAAGACCAGACCCCACUCAGGCACUCACGCAGGCCGCAGCUUUCCCCAUCCCUAGCCCCCCAGCAACCUCUCCGCCUUCCGCCAUCACCGCCGACGCCAUGGCCUCCUCUCCCCGCCACCUCUUCCUCCUCCUUCCCCUGCGCCUCCUCUUGCUCAUCCCGCUGCUCGCCGCGGCCAAACCCGUCCUCGAGGAUGGUUACACGGUGACCACUUUCGCCAACUUCAACCCGCUCCCGGCCUCUGGGCCGCACCCCUACGCGAUCCUCCCGCGGCCCCGCGCCGGGGACCUCCUCCUCCUCGACUCCGCCGGAUCCGCGCUCUACACCCUCUCCCUCUCCUCCUCCCCCGGCGAGCCGCGCAGGCUAGCGGGUGGCAAGCGGCGCUCCGGGUUCGACGACGGCGACGCCGCCUUCGACCGCCCGCGCAGCGUCGCCGUCGAUGCCGCCGACAACGUCUACGUCGCCGACCAACGCCACGGCGCCGUUCGCAAGGUCGCGCCCUCCGGUUAUACUACUACAGUUGCCGGAGGUCUCUCAUCAGGACCUGGUCACAGGGAUGGACUGGCACAGAAUGCUACUUUCUCGGCAGAUUUUGAGCUUGUUUAUGUCCCCAAAAUUUGUGCCCUGUUAGUAGCUGACAGAGGAAAUCGAAUGGUUAGACAAAUCAAUCUAAAGCCAGAAGAUUGUGCACAUGAAAAACAGUCAGGCUUGGGAACUACAUCAGUGUCGGUCAUUGCAAUAUUGUGUGCAUUGCUCGGUUUAAUUAUCGGGUUCUUAGUUCGUCAUUUUUAUCCUGUCAAUGCAGGAAGUCUCCAUCAACCACUUUUUCAUCAGGAUACAGAAGCAAUUCCUGAGGACACAGAGGAAGGCAACUCUGAUCAGCUUCUGCGACAUAAAAAGCGCAGUUGCUAGCUCCGCGGCCUACACUCUCCUGCUUAGACUGAUCAGAUUUGGUUGUGGCUAUAUAACUGUGGUGUUCCCUAGUGUUAGGUUACAGCAAGAAGUUCCCCUUAGGCCUUGUCGUCGUCGUCCUGUGUUACGCAAGACUAGCACUGCUCCUAACAUUGGUCUUAACAACAAAGCUCCCCUUCCUCCUACUGGGCUACUGGAGGAUCUGAUAAGCUUUGCUGGAGAUGCUGGUGAUAACGAGGGUAGUGGUAAUGCCAAUAGUCAGGAGGGUAAGGUGUCAUCCUAUGAGGGUGACUUGAUGGGGCUUCUCUACACCCCACCUGACAGCGUUAAGAAAAUUGAUCACAUGAUCGAGACCAACCUAUCUGGCUUUUCGAGCCAUGUGAAUCGUUGUAGAUUAACUGUUAGUGGUUGUAGUGUAAGCAGGAGGGUGCAUGGAGACUAGUAAGUUUAUCUGAUGAGAUUGUCAUCGUCCUGUCUUUGAGCGUGCGUGCGUAUCACCUAGGAGUACUGCAGUGGCUCAAUAAAUUUGUACUACAUCAGCACCAGCGUUUUCCUUGUACAUACUAAGUAAAAGAACCUCGUGUAGUGUGACUAUGUUCUGUGGUUAUGGCAUGUAAUGUACCAAGUGUUACAUAACUACUGGGGAUGUUCUUAAUAUUAUAUAUCUGUUGCUGUUUUGUGAAAUGGAAA